AUGUCGGACUACAGCACGGGAGGACCCCCGCCCGGGCCGCCGCCGCCCGCCGGCGGGGGCGGGGGAGCCGGGGGCGCCGGGGGAGGCCCUCCGCCGGGCCCGCCAGGCGCGGGGGACCGGGGCGGCGGCGGCCCCGGCGGCGGCGGCCCGGGCGGGGGGUCGGCUGGGGGCCCCUCUCAGCCGCCGGGAGGAGGCGGCCCAGGAAUCCGCAAGGACGCGUUCGCCGACGCGGUGCAGCGGGCCCGCCAGAUCGCAGCCAAAAUUGGAGGCGAUGCUGCCACGACAGUGAAUAACAGCACUCCUGAUUUUGGUUUUGGGGGCCAAAAGAGACAGUUGGAAGAUGGAGAUCAACCGGAGAGCAAGAAGCUGGCUUCCCAGGGAGACUCAAUCAGUUCUCAACUUGGACCCAUCCAUCCUCCCCCAAGGACUUCAAUGACAGAAGAGUACAGGGUCCCAGACGGCAUGGUGGGCCUGAUCAUUGGCAGAGGAGGCGAACAAAUUAACAAAAUCCAACAGGAUUCGGGCUGCAAAGUACAGAUUUCUCCAGACAGCGGUGGCCUACCCGAGCGCAGUGUGUCCUUGACAGGAGCCCCAGAAUCUGUCCAGAAAGCGAAGAUGAUGCUGGACGACAUUGUGUCUCGGGGUCGCGGGGGUCCCCCAGGACAGUUCCACGACAACGCCAACGGGGGCCAGAAUGGCACCGUGCAGGAGAUCAUGAUCCCUGCGGGCAAGGCCGGCCUGGUCAUCGGCAAGGGCGGGGAGACCAUUAAGCAGCUACAGGAACGUGCUGGAGUGAAGAUGAUCUUAAUUCAGGAUGGAUCUCAGAAUACAAACGUGGACAAACCUCUUCGGAUCAUUGGGGAUCCAUACAAAGUGCAGCAAGCCUGUGAGAUGGUGAUGGACAUCCUCCGGGAACGUGACCAAGGCGGCUUUGGGGACCGGAAUGAGUAUGGAUCUCGGAUUGGCGGGGGCAUCGAUGUGCCAGUGCCCAGGCAUUCUGUCGGCGUGGUCAUUGGCCGGAGCGGAGAGAUGAUCAAGAAGAUCCAGAAUGACGCUGGCGUGCGGAUACAGUUCAAGCAAGACGAUGGAACAGGGCCCGAGAAGAUUGCUCAUAUAAUGGGGCCCCCAGACAGGUGUGAGCACGCGGCCCGGAUCAUCAACGACCUCCUCCAGAGCCUCAGAAGUGGUCCCCCAGGUCCUCCAGGGGGUCCAGGCAUGCCCCCAGGGGGCCGGGGCCGAGGAAGAGGCCAAGGUAACUGGGGCCCUCCUGGCGGGGAGAUGACCUUCUCCAUCCCCACUCACAAGUGUGGUCUGGUCAUCGGCCGAGGUGGCGAGAACGUGAAAGCCAUAAACCAGCAGACGGGAGCCUUCGUGGAGAUCUCCCGGCAGCUGCCACCCAACGGGGACCCCAACUUCAAGUUGUUUAUCAUCCGGGGUUCGCCCCAGCAGAUCGACCAUGCCAAGCAGCUUAUCGAGGAAAAGAUCGAGGGUCCCCUCUGCCCAGUUGGACCAGGCCCAGGGGGCCCAGGCCCUGCUGGCCCAAUGGGGCCCUUCAACCCUGGACCCUUCAACCAGGGGCCACCCGGGGCUCCCCCGCAUGCCGGGGGUCCCCCUCCUCACCAGUACCCACCCCAGGGCUGGGGCAAUACUUACCCCCAGUGGCAACCGCCUGCUCCUCAUGACCCAAGCAAAGCAGCUGCAGCGGCCGCGGACCCCAACGCCGCGUGGGCCGCCUACUACUCACACUACUACCAGCAGCCCCCGGGCCCCGUCCCUGGCCCUGCGCCGGCCCCCGCGGCCCCACCCGCUCAGGGUGAGCCCCCUCAGCCCCCACCCACCGGCCAGUCGGACUACACUAAGGCCUGGGAAGAGUAUUACAAAAAGAUCGGCCAGCAGCCCCAACAGCCCGGAGCACCCCCGCAGCAGGACUACACGAAGGCCUGGGAGGAGUACUACAAGAAGCAGGCGCAAGUGGCCACUGGAGGGGGUCCAGGAGCUCCACCAGGCUCCCAGCCAGACUACAGUGCCGCCUGGGCAGAAUAUUACAGACAGCAGGCCGCUUACUACGGACAGACCCCAGGUCCUGGCGGCCCCCAGCCACCGCCCACACAGCAGGGACAGCAGCAGGCUCAAUGAAUCGAAUGAAUGUGAACUUCUUCAUCUGUGAAAAAUCUUUAUUUUUUUUUUCCAUUUUGUUCUGUUUGGGGGCUUCUGUUUUGUUUGGCGAGAGAGCGAUGGCUGCCAGGGGGAGUAUCGGGGAGCCCUCGCGGCACGUGGGGUGGGGGGCUUGGGGGUGUGCCGGUCCCUCACUCUCUCGCCCGUUCUGUGUCUCACAUGCCUUUUCUUUCAAAAUUGGGAUCCUUCAUGUUGAGCCAGCCAGAGAAGAUAGCGAGAUCUAAAUCUCUGCCAAAAAAAAACCUUUAAAAUUAAAAAACACAAAGAACAAAGCAGAACUUAUAAAAUUAUAUAUAUAUAUAUUAAAAAGUCUCUAUUCUUCACCCCCCAGCCUUCCUGAACCUGCCUCUCUGAGGAUAAAGCAAUUCAUUUUCUCCCACCCUCGGCCCUCUUGUUUUUAAAAUAAACUUUUAAAAAGGAAAAAAACAGUCACUCUUGCUAUUUCUUUUUUUUUAGUUAGAGGUGGAACAUUCCUUGGACCAGGUGUUGUAUUGCAGGACCCCCUUCCCCCAGCAGCCGAGCGCCCUCCUCUCCUUUCCUUUCCUCUCUCCUCUCCCCUCCUCUCCUCCUGCCCUGGCUCAGCUCCCUCGGCCCUGCCCGCCCCCUCCCAGGACUGGUCUGUUGUCUUUUCAUCUGCUCAAGAGGAGAUUGAAACUGAAAACAAAAUGAGAACAACAAAAAAAAUUGUAUGGCAGUUUUUACUUUUUAUCGCUCGUUUUUAACUUCACAAAUAAAUGAUAACAAAACCUCCCCGUCUGCGGGUGCUGUCUGUCUCUCCCCCGCUCUCUCCCUCCCUCCCCGUAGUUUUGAAGCAGAUGUUUGUUCUUUAUAGAUGUUGUUUAAAAAGCCUGAUAAUGGUGAUUGAAAAUUACAAACUUUGUGUUUUUUUUUUUU